AUGGUAGAGGGCAAUGGCGUCUGGCGCGCUGCCGCCAAGCUCCGGCUGCUGCUGCUUCGACGCAGACUCCGUGCUACCAGCCCCAACGGCUCCUUCGCAGCUGCCACACGCGUCGAUGGCGCCGUGCUGGCUGCGGUGGAGGCAAUCGGCAAGAGCCUCUUCCUGCACUUCGAGUCAAGGGAGGGGCCUUUGACCGUGCAGCUCCACUUUGGGAUGUCAGGCGGCUUCCCCCUCUUCCGGCGCUCGGAGGAUCCGGGGGCCCGCAAGACCUCGCGCCUGCGCCUGGAGUGCAAGGAGACAGAGGUGGUGGGUUACAUGUCGGGCAUCCGGUGCCGGCUGCUGACGGCGAAGGAGUUCGGCCAGGUGCAGCGGAGUCUGGGCCCGGACCCUCUGCGUUUGGACAGCGAUCCCAGGAGGGCCUGGCGGGCUAUGCAGGCCACCGGCCGCGGAGUCGGCUUGGCGCUGAUGGACCAGGCGGUGCUCGCAGGUGUGGGCAACAUCUACCGAGCCGAAGUUCUGCACAGACUGAAGCUGCACCCGCUGCGGCCCGCCUGCAGCCUGUCGAGUCAGGAGGUUUGGCGCUUGUGGCAGGAGUGCGCGAUGCUGCUGCAGCUGGGCGCGCGCUCCGGGGGGCUGGUCACCGUCCUGGACGCUGAGUGGGAGAGGCUCAAAGGCGACGGGAAGAGCCGGGAGGCCCGCAAGCGAAGGUGGGUCUACUUCCGGAAGAGUUGCCUCAGCUGCGGCGGACCCGUCCGGUGCUGGACCCUCGGCGGCCGCAUCUGCUUCGCCUGCGAGGCUUGCCAGCCGCCGCAGGAGGCAGAGGAGUGCCAGUUGGUGCGGAGCAGUGGAAGGACGCUGUCCUGGCCCUCCGCCGCUUUCGAGUCGGACCUCGCCGCCGGGCCCCCGGGCCUCGACGCGUCGGAGGCGAAGGAGACGGCGCCGGAGCUGCGGCGCCGGCUGGCGGAGCGGCUGCUGGCCACGGAGGGCCGGAAGGAGGAGCUGCUGGGCCGCUGGCAGAGGCACCGGAGGUUCCACGGGCCCGGCUUCCAGCGGGCCUACUACGGCCAGGUGUCCAAAGAAGCCACCUCCCCUUGGCCGGAAGAUGUAGAGGAGGCCAAGGAGUUUGCAGCUUUGCACUGCUGGCGCAGCCCGGCCGCGCUGCACGCCUGGGCCAACGUGGACCCAAAGCGGUUCCGCUACGGGCGCCUUUCAGGGCGGCGGCGCACCAAGGAGGGUGCCGACCUCGACGUCGAGGCGCUCAAAGAGCUCGAGGUCCAGGGGCCCCCGAAGGCUUUGCCGGAGGCGAGCGCGACGGGCGCAGAGCCGCUCACGCCGCCCAAGACGAGGGCGCGUGGCGGCUCGCCGGCGCCCAAGCGCCGGAAGUUGCGAUUUCCGUCUCUGCGCGGGGAGGGCCAAGUCUUCGACCUGCGCGACCAGGUCCGGGACGACAAGGGCGAGAGCUGGGUGGCCAUCCCUGAGAGCACAGGCAAGUCGCCCAUGGCCAUCAAGCGCGGGGGCUUCUUGCUCUUCGCGGCCGCCGAGGCGUCCUGGAUGCCCGGCGGGUGCUUCAUCCGGCGCUGCUCCUUCACCAGCCCCUCGCCAUGGAUCCGGAGACUUGCAUUCAAAGUGGCUGGCUUCGAGGGUUAG